CUUCUUCCGGCGCGGCGCCCGGUGUUUUCCGUCAGUGGGGGUGGUUGCUGUGUCAGAACGCCUCGGCUGCCUCCGGCCAUGGCGGGCAAUGGUGGCGUGUACCGGCUUCGCUGCUCCCUGCUGGGGCACGGGCAGGACGUGCGGGGUCUGACCCGCAGCCUGUUUCCGCCGGGCGGUUUCGUGUCCGUCUCCCGGGACCGGACUGCGCGGCUCUGGGCUCUUGACGGUCUUAACAGGGGGUUUACUGAAAUCCACUGUAUGAGUGGCCACUCAAAUUUUGUAUCCUGCGUAUGCAUCAUACCUCCAAGUGAACUCUAUCCUCGUGGACUGAUUGCAACUGGUGGCAAUGAUCAUAAUAUUUGCAUUUUCACAAUUGACAACCCAGCUCCUCUUUACAUCCUUAAGGGUCAUAAGAACACAGUUUGCAGCCUUUCAUCUGGGAAAUUUGGCACGUUAUUAAGUGGAUCAUGGGAUACAACGGCCAAGGUCUGGUUGAAUGACAGAUGUAUGAUGACAUUACAGGGUCACACAGCUGCAAUAUGGGCAGUGAUAAUACUGCCUGAACAGGGAUUAAUGUUGACUGGUUCAGCUGACAAAACCAUUAAACUGUGGAAGGCAGGCAGAUGUGAAAGAACAUUCACUGGACAUGAAGAUUGUGUGAGAGGUUUAGCUAUUCUCAGUGAAAUGGAAUUCCUUUCCUGUGCUAAUGAUGCUACUGUUCGAAGAUGGCAGAUAUCUGGCGCGUGUCUGAAUGUGUAUUAUGGACAUACAAAUUAUAUAUACAGCAUCUCUGUCUUCCCUCAGUGUAAAGGUUUUGUGACUACUGGAGAGGAUAGAUCUCUUAGAAUCUGGAAGAAAGGGGAAUGUGCUCAAACAAUCAGACUCCCAGCUCAGUCUGUAUGGUGCUGCUGUGUGCUAGACAAUGGUGACAUUGUAGUUGGUGCAAGUGAUGGAAUUAUAAGAGUGUUUACAGAGUCUUCGGAACGUACAGCAAGUGCUGAGGAGAUUCAGGCUUUUGAAUAUGAGCUUUCUCAAGCAUCUAUUGACCCUAAAACUGGUGAUUUGGGAGAUAUUAAUGCUGAUGACCUUCCUGGAAGAGAACAUCUCAAGGAUCCUGGAACAAGAGAUGGGCAGACACGGCUUAUUGAAGAUAAUGGGAAAGUAGAAGCUUAUCAGUGGAGUGUUAGUGAAGGAAGGUGGAUAAAGAUUGGCGAUGUUGUUGGUUCUUCUGGAGCCACACAACAAACGUCUGGAAAAAUUUUAUUUGAAGGAAAGGAGUAUGACUAUGUUUUCACUAUUGAUGUAAAUGAAAGUGGGCCUUCCUACAAACUGCCAUAUAACAUCACUGAUGAUCCUUGGCUGACUGCAUACAACUUCCUGCAAAAGAAUGAUCUAAAUCCUAUGUUUCUGGAUCAGGUGGCCAAGUUUAUUAUGGACAACACUAAGGGACAAACACUGAGUACAAGUUCUGAAUUUUCUGAUCCAUUUACAGGUGCUGGACGUUAUGUUCCAGGCUCUGCAUCUGGAUCAAGUACAGUACCUGGGGCAGAUCCAUUUACAGGUGCUGGUCGCUAUGUUCCUGGCUCAGCAUCAAAUGAAGUAGCUCCAGUGGGUGGGGUUGAUCCAUAUACAGGAAUGGGUGCCUACCAGUCAUCUGAAGCUAAAGUUGAAAAUAUUUAUUUUCCAAAAAAGGAUGCUGUCACCUUUGACAAGGCCAACCCUUCACAGAUACUGGGCAAAUUAAAGGAACUUAACAGCAGUACAACUGAAGAGCAUAAGCUUACAGAAGAUGACUUGAUAAUCCUAGAAAAGUUGUUGUCUGCAACAUGCAACACCUCUGCAGAAACACCUACAGCACAGCAACUUCAGACUUUAUGGAGAGCAGUUAACUGGCCAGAAGAUAUUGUCUUUCCAGCCCUAGACAUUCUUAGAUUGUCUGUCAGGCAUCCCACUGUGAAUGAGAACUUCUGCAAUGAAAAGGAUCACGUACAUCUUGCCAUCCUCCUUAAAUUUCUGAACCCUAAAGGAAAGCAAGCAAACCAGCUGUUGGCACUUAGAGCUCUUUGCAAUUGUUUUGUCAGCCAGGCAGGCCAGAAGCUCAUGAUGGAACACAGGGGUGAAAUAAUGACACAAGCAAUAGAAACAAAAUCGGGCAAUAAGAACAUCCACAUUGCACUUGCCACACUGACACUGAACUAUGCUGUGUGUUUACAUAAAGACAACAACAUUGAGGGCAAAGCUCAGUGUUUAUCAGUAAUCAGCACAGUUAUGGAAGUUGUUCAAGAUCUUGAAGCUGUUUUUAGACUGCUUGUGGCUCUUGGGACGCUGAUCAGUGAUGAUACAAAUGCUGUGCAAUUAGCUAAGGCUCUUGGAGUUGAUUCUCAAGUAAAAAAGUAUGCCUCUGUAUCAGAGCCAGCUAAAGUAAAGGAAUGCUGUAGGUUUGUGCUUAAUCUGCUAUAAUUAUUUUUCUUCGCACUUGGGAAACACUGUAUGCAGAAAAAAGAUGCUUUUGUUCCUAUUUUGUGACAAACUACAAUUGAGAAAACACUGGGGAUGAAUUACACUUGGUUUGUUGCAAGACACAGAGCAAAUAAAACUUUUUACACUCUU